AUCUCUCCCCAUGGAUUUACUGGGGUUAGGAUAGUUUGCCAUCUGCACCAUGACCAGCUGAAGGCAGUUUUCCAUGUUUCUCAGAGAAUAAGAAAGGCUACCAUGCUUGCAAGGCAAUACCAUUUCAAUUAUACAACACCAGACCGCUCAAGACAGGAGAUGUUGAGUGUCAUGACCCCAAUGCCAAUAAAUCGUUGGCCAUUUCGUAGCAUAGGAGAUGGGAACCCGAGAAUGGUGUCAAGCCCACAUACCCCAAAAGCACCAAAACAUGCUCCUCGGCCACCCCUUCGAACCAAGCUCACAGAGAUGAAGCAAAUCACUGCUGUUCUUUUCCAAGACCAGGCAACGUUUCCUUCAAGAUGCAUCGUUCCUUCUGUUCUCCAAAGGCCGAGUUUGUUCAAACCAAUGGCUCCAAAGCACCCUCGAGUGCUCUUCUAUGAGGAGGAAUUAUGUCAAGCUGUUGCUCAAAACAACCUUACCUGAUUACACUUGCUUGCUGCAAUCAGACCCUUCACAUGGCUUUCCCAUCUCUGUUCAUAUUAUUAGGUUUUGUCUUCAUCGCAUUAUCGAUCAUUGCUCUUGAUGAUCAUCAUCACCUAUAUAGUAGUAAGAAGCAUGCAAGUUUUGUAGCAGUGCUAGUUCUGGGGUUAUAGGCAAUCUCAUAGUAUCUAUUAUCAUUUAAGGUUUUUAAGUUUCUAGUCUCUUGAGUUUGUCAUCAUAAUAAGCAUGUGUCUUUUGGUUUGGUCAGUUGAGUCAUGUGUAUAUAUUUUCUGCAUCUAUCUGGAUCAGUGGCUUUUUUUUUUAUAUAUAUUAUAAAAAUUAUUGCUUUUG